CUGUGCACAUCCUUGACUGACUCUGCUGAGGGUGGGGCCGAACCCCUGUUUCUGUGGGCGGGGAGGUGGCUGUGUCCCCUGUGCUCUGCUGAGCCCUGCGUGGUGAGCCCUGGGUGGCUGCAGGUCCCUGCAGGAUCCCCCUGAGUGGGGGUAGGGCAAGGCAGUUAUUUUCAGAUGGUGCCAGAGGGUGGAGUUUCAGAUUUGUUUAUGCCUGUCGGAAGCACUCUGGGGCUAGGGAUGGGGUGCCCAGCUCAGCACUGACGUUCAGGACACCUGGCCAAGAGGCGCCUCAGAUUUCCCUGUCCUGCUGUGGGGGGUUCACUUUGUAGCCCCAGGCAGGCCGGGGUAUUGUAGCUUUUUCCAGGGGAUCCAGGAGGGGUGCAGGCACACGGUGCGUGGUAGUCCUCCGCAGGCCUGCAGCCCUAGGCUGGCGGAAUGUGCCAGCCCACACACAGGAGGGGGCAGUUCACACCGAGGGCUGGCCCGAGGAUUGUCAGGGCCACACCAGGCAAAGCCAGCGCUAUUAAUAUCAGGCAGGCAGAAGCCCCCAGCUGGGUGAUCCUCUUAUGCCUGCGGCCUUGGCCUCUGAGGAAGGCAGUGAGUGCUGUUCCCUCAGUACGGUGGGGGCUCCAAGGGCCUCCUAGCUGCUGUGCCUCUGCUGACAUUUGGCAGGCAGCUUCUGCCAGCCAAGGGUCUUACCCCCAGCCCCCCGGCUCUGCACCCACUGUGCUGCCCACAAGAGUGGUCCUGCCCAUGGAAGGGCCAGUUCAGGUGGCUGGAGCUCCUGAGCUGCCCUAGGGGACUGCUGUGGGUCUGAGGUGAUGUCCCUCACGGCUGUCUGCGCCUGAACCCCCACGCAUCCACCCCUGGGGCCACUCUGCUGUUCGGGAGCACCCACCCGUGUCCUGGACCAUGAGCAGCCCCCCAGCUUACCCUGGCAUCAGGAUCUCAGGGUGCCGGGCCCUUGGAGCAGAAGGCAGCAGCAAUGCAGAGUCCCUGGACAGGCUCCUGCCACCUGUGGGCACCGGGCGCUCUCCCCGGAAGCGGACCACCAGCCAGUGCAAGUCAGAGCCUCCCCUGCUACGCACAAGCAAGCGCACCAUCUACACCGCGGGGCGGCCACCCUGGUACAACGAGCACGGCACGCAAUCCAAAGAGGCCUUCGCCAUCGGCCUGGGAGGCGGCAGUGCCUCUGGGAAGACCACUGUGGCCAGAAUGAUCAUCGAGGCCCUGGACGUGCCCUGGGUGGUCUUGCUGUCCAUGGAUUCCUUCUACAAGGUGCUGACCGAGCAGCAGCAGGAACAGGCCGCACACAACAACUUCAACUUCGACCACCCGGAUGCCUUUGACUUCGACCUCAUCAUUUCCACCCUCAAGAAGCUGAAGCAGGGGAAGAGCGUCAAGGUGCCCAUUUAUGACUUCACCACGCACAGCCGGAAGAAGGACUGGAAAACACUGUAUGGUGCAAACGUCAUCAUCUUUGAGGGCAUCAUGGCCUUUGCUGACAAGACACUGUUGGAGCUCCUGGACAUGAAGAUCUUUGUGGACACAGACUCCGACAUCCGCCUGGUACGGCGGCUGCGCCGGGACAUCAGUGAGCGCGGCCGGGACAUCGAAGGUGUCAUCAAGCAGUACAACAAGUUUGUCAAGCCCUCCUUCGACCAGUACAUCCAGCCCACCAUGCGCCUGGCAGACAUCGUGGUGCCCAGAGGGAGCGGCAACACGGUGGCCAUCGACCUGAUCGUGCAGCACGUGCACAGCCAGCUGGAGGAGAGGAAGCUACGUUGGGAUAUGGCUGCUCUGGCCUCGGCACACCAGUGCCACCCCCUGCCUCGGACGCUGAGCGUCCUGAAGAGCACGCCGCAGGUACGGGGCAUGCACACCAUCAUCAGGGACAAGGAGACCAGUCGCGACGAGUUCAUCUUCUACUCCAAGAGACUGAUGCGGCUGCUUAUCGAGCACGCGCUCUCCUUCCUGCCCUUUCAGGACUGCGUCGUGCAGACCCCGCAGGGGCAGGACUAUGCGGGCAAGUGCUAUGCGGGGAAGCAGAUCACCGGUGUGUCCAUCCUGCGCGCCGGUGAAACCAUGGAGCCCGCGCUGCGCGCUGUGUGCAAAGACGUGCGCAUCGGCACCAUCCUCAUCCAGACCAACCAGCUUACCGGGGAGCCCGAGGUGCCUGGGGGCAGCCGGGGCGAUGAGCCCGGGGGUAGGGGGCAGAGGGAGCCCCACCUGCAGCCUGACCCCUGCCGCCCGCAGCUCCACUACCUGAGGCUGCCCAAGGACAUCAGCGAUGACCAUGUGAUCCUCAUGGACUGCACCGUGUCCACGGGCGCCGCGGCUAUGAUGGCGGUGCGCGUGCUCCUGGACCACGACGUGCCUGAGGACAAGAUCUUUCUGCUGUCACUGCUCAUGGCAGAGAUGGGCGUGCACUCAGUGGCCUAUGCAUUUCCACGAGUGAGAAUCAUCACCACGGCGGUGGACAAGCGGGUCAAUGACCUUUUCCGCAUCAUCCCAGGCAUUGGGAACUUUGGCGACCGCUACUUUGGGACGGACGCGGUCCCCGAUGGCAGUGACGAGGAGGAAGUGGCCUACACGGGUUAGCCGCCCAGUGAGCCAUCCCGUCCCCACCACCCUCCUCCUGCCUCCUGACCCAGGACUGCUGAAUACAAAGAUGUUAAUUUUUAAAAUGUUACCAGUAUAAUUUAUUCUAUGCAUUUUAUAAAAUAAAUAAUAAAGCUUUAGAAAAAUGAA